CAAACCAUCAUACAUUCUUGGGUGAUAAUCUCUUCUCUUUCUUCGACCGAUUCGUCGAUCUCGGAUUGAUAUCCACACUUUUGAUCAUCAUGUCGAGAUCAUUCUUUGCUCCUGAUGGCAAAUCGCCAGCUCCGGCUUCCGAAUCCGUUCACGCUCCCUUUUUGAACGGCAAAUCUGGUUCUCAGGAUGAUGGUAUGCGAUUACCUUCUCAUACCCAUGAUACACGUCAAGACACAACAACAAAAGCAGAUGGACCAAGUCUACAGUCUCUGGCGCCAAUUUUGGCAUACUGUGCUUCGUCAAUCAUGAUGACAGUGGUGAAUAAGUUCGUCCUGAAAGCACACUUCAGUUUGAAUUUGAUCGUACUCCUAAUUCAAUCUGCCGUAGGAUGUCUAUUGGUCGUAAUCGCACAAGCUAUGGGAUUGGUCGAACUCAGACCACUAAACGCUAAAGACGUCAAGCUAUGGAUGCCCAUCAGUACCUUGUUGGUCUUUGUGAUUUGGACUGGUAGCAAAGCAUUGCAAUAUCUUAGCAUUCCCGUUUACACAAUCUUCAAGAACCUAACCAUCAUUCUAAUCGCAUACGGAGAAGUGAUUUGGUUCGGCGGAAAAGUGACAAGGAUAACAUUUGUCAGCUUCAUGUUGAUGGUGCUGUCUUCUUUGAUCGCAGCUUAUGGAGAUAUCGCCAACUGGUUGGCCUUGCAAAAUCAGUCCAUGCCCCAUACACCUGAUUCGAUCGCUGGCGGUUACAUUGACCCUGCCACACAUUUAAAAACACCUGCGCUAGAUCCUCUUCAAGCCGAAAAGGACAGUAUUCUCGCUUUGGAACAAGCACAAGGUGUACAAGAGCCACUUCUUGAAGGUCUUGGAGGCGCGGGAAUGUUGAGCAACGGAUAUUUGUGGAUGGCUCUAAAUUGUGCUUGCAGUGCAGCUUACGUUUUGAUCAUGCGAAAGAGAAUCAAAGUCACAGGGUUUAAAGAUUGGGAUACGAUGUUCUACAACAAUUUCCUCACAAUUCCCGUUUUGGUCAUCAUGUCUUGGUUGGUUGAAGAUUGGAGCUCUGCAAACUUUGCAACCAAUUUCCCCGUCGAGACUCGCUCUUCGCUCUUUUCGGCAAUCAUCUUUAGCGGUGCAUGUGCUGUUUUCAUCAGCUAUACAACAGCUUGGUGUAUUCGUGCAACGUCCAGUACAACCUACAGCAUGGUUGGAGCAUUGAACAAACUUCCUCUAGCAUUAAGUGGAAUGGUCUUCUUCGGAGACGCAGUCACGCUCAGCUCAACCUCUGCAAUCGCAGUCGGAUUCUUUGCUGGUCUUGUGUAUGCAUACGCAAAGAAUAAACAAGCUGAAGAAGCAAAGAGGGCAGCAGCCUCUCCUGAUUUCGGAUCAAGCAACGGACGACAGGAAACCAACAUUAGCAUGCAACAUCUCAACGGCAAAGAGGAUCGCAAUGAUUAAAAGUGUCGUUCUCCUAUCUCAGCAUCUCUAUAGACUUGAUCGUCUUUCAUCUUUUCCCUCCCACACAAUUUUAGACUUUCCCUCUUUUUCCUUUUUUCAUUUGUUUCGGGGUGUAAAAAUUAUAUCGCAUUCAAAAAAUUUGAUCAUGUAUGCAUAGCAUAGAAUGUCCUCGAA